AUGCCUCCCAACAAGAGGAAAAAGAAGCCAGCAUCAAACCCGGCCAGAGGGUUCGCUACUGUCUCAGUGCCUUCAAAGCCGAAAGCAGCAGAAUCAAGUGUGGUAUCUUCAACGGUAGAAUCUUCAGUAGUUGUAUCGGAAGACGAAAAAGCAUCGAAACCAUCAGAGGCUCAACAACCCCAACCUGACAGUUCCAAGGAUCAGAGUCUGCAAAAUCUUUCGCCAGAGGAGCUUGAAAAGCACUUUGAAGAAGCAGAACUUCAGAUUCUGGUUGACAAAUAUGCAUGGAAGUCUAAAAACGAAGCCAUUCGCCAAGUAUCUAGAUUUGAGACCGAGCGUCGGGUGCUGAGGUCUCAAGCUAAUGUCCUGAGUUUAAACGAGUGGAUACCCCAGGAGAUACAAGAUCAGAUCCUAGCUCUUACUCAGAUAGAGCAAGACCAUCUUGAAACUCCUCCUGAAAGGGACUUAGACGCUGGCAAAGAGGAGGAAUUGAUUACCAGACUCUGGACAUUGAAAGAUGCAAUCCGAGGACUUGGAUUCUCAGACACCCGAAUAGAUUCAUUGCUGAAAUAUAUCAUCACUUACUACUCCGGGUUCUCAAACAAUUCCAAAAGUGUAAAUUGGAAUCUUGAGGAAUCCUUGGAUUGGUUGGCAUUACAAUGCGCCCCUACUGAGCUGGAUCCAUAUGACAAGAAGAAGGACCCGUUGUGGACACCCGAAGAUGCCACUUCUUCAUUCAUCAGCAGUGGAAAGGGAAAAUCACCUUCGAAUGCGCCACUUGUAGUCCCUGAUGAAAAUACGCGGAACAAGCCAGUGCCCAGCCACCCAAUCAUUGAUACGACCGAGCCAUACCUCAGCGAUGAAUCCGAUAGCUCUCUCGAUCCGGAAGACUUUGCUGACGAAUAUGUCUCUUUAAAUACUCGAGUGUAUCAGUUAUGCCCUCAACUGUUCGAUCAGAAUUCAGGAGGUGGUAGUAAAAAAGCACGACCCAAGGCCAUUAAAGAUGUUUCUGACCCGAGAGUCAAGAAACUUCGACUGAAAAUAGCUAAAAUCGAAAGUGACAUCCUCUUUGACCAUCACGCGGCAGAAAUUAUGUGGAGAGAGAAAUUAAACGAUUUGUGGAGAGAGUCUGCAUUCGUUCGUGAGAAGGAACGAGCAAUCUCUGUUCCGAAGACUAAGCCUCAGAAGGAGCCACAACCUACUGUAUCUGAAGAUACAGGUGAAUUUGUCAUGGUAGAAGCUUCUGAAUCCGGUGACGAAGCUCUUUUAGGUGGUAUCUUCACGGAAGAUGUAAAUGAUGAGCCUCUCCUGGUCCAGGAUACUACCGACAGUAACAUAACCAUACGCAACUUUGGAGUAUCGGUUGGCGGCGUUGAACCUGACAAACUAUUGCAAGAAGUAUGCAAAGCUAGAGACCCUGGUUCAAAAAUCGUCUGGAAAGAUCUGACCGUCGCUUCCUUCUCUAAUCGAAAUGCGGUCGAAAUAAAGUGGUCCAAACCACAGGAAGAACCAUUACUAGUAUCGAUUGAGGGAAUAACUAUCAAAAGCAAUGCAUUCACUGUGUUUGCCUCUAUGGAUGCUAUUGCUGCCUCUAAAAAGGAGCAAGCAAAGGGUUAUAUCUCUACUCUUGCGCUCUUGCUUGUUUCCGGAUCAGGUUCGAGUACGAAAGAGAAUAAAGCUUACAUGAGGCUUCCAAACGUGUGGAGGGAUCUUUACAAAGAAUUUUCUGAGUUGAGAAAGGGGCAAGAGGAUGAAUCCGAUAAGCAGACAAUUCGAUACCUGAAGAAGCUGAUUGAAGAGAACCACGGCAAAUUUGAACAGGAUGUGGUUUUAUCAGACAAUUUCAGAAGAAGGAAUGGCAACACCAAACAACAUCUCUCAGGAAAAGCUGAACCAACAACCCCAAAGGUCAAUGCCGAUGGCCUGAGAAAUUUGUGGGAAGAAAAAUCAACCACACCCUCCUUUCAGCAUAUGGCGGAAUCUCGGAAGAAUUUGCCAGUAUGGGCAUAUAAGCAGGAGAUUCUGGAUACCUUGGCAGAUCACCAAGCUGUCAUCAUUUGUAGUGAAACUGGAAGUGGUAAAAGCACUCAAAUCCCAUCGUUCAUCAUGGAGAAUGAGCUUGCAAACGGCCGUGAGUGCAAGGUGUUUGUUACAGAGCCUCGUCGAAUUUCAGCUAUAUCUCUAGCUCGGCGUGUAAGUGAAGAACUCGGCGAAAGACAUCAAGAUCUAGGAACGAAUAGGUCUUUGGUGGGAUUUGCCAUCAGAUUGGAAAGCAAGAUUAGUCAAAGUACGAGAUUGAUAUUCGCUACCACUGGAGUUGUUGUUCGCAUGUUGGAACGGCCAAAUGAACUGCAAGAUGUUUCACAUAUCGUACUUGAUGAGGUGCACGAAAGAAGCAUUGAUAGCGACUUUCUAUUGAUUGUUCUUCGACGGUUGUUAGCUCAAAGACCAGAUCUCAAAGUAGUGCUCAUGUCUGCCACUGUAGAUGCCAAAAAAUUUGCAGACUACUUGGGUGGUGCGCCGGUACUCAACAUUCCUGGAAGAACAUUUCCCGUGCAAGUCAGAUAUCUUGAGGACGCUAUUAACAUGACGAAAUAUCGACUAGACGAUUCACACCCGGGUUCUACUAUCAUUGACGAGGAUGAAGAGGAUAAUUUGUCUGAUGAAGGAUUAACUGAUGAGAUGAGUCGAGGUUUGAGGGCAACAUUGGAAGGUUAUCCGUCCCAGACCAGGGAUACAGUUCUGAAAUUUGACGAAUAUCGGCUCGACUACCGCUUGAUUACUAAACUCUUGACAACCAUUGCAACGAGACAAGACUUGACUCAAUACAGCAAGGCAAUUCUGGUCUUCUUACCAGGUUUAGCAGAGAUCCGUAGGCUCCAUGAUGAGAUCAGCUCUGAUCCAACAUUCAAUCAAGGGUGGAUCAUCCACACGCUCCAUUCGUCUAUUGCGAGCGAGGAUCAGGAAAAAGCCUUCCUCGUACCGCCUGAGGGAACUAGGAAGAUUGUGAUUGCCACUAACAUUGCCGAAACUGGUAUUACGAUUCCAGAUAUCACAGCUGUGAUUGAUGCUGGAAAGGAGAAAGUCAUGAGAUUUGAUGAGAAACGCCAACUAUCACGGCUAGUGGAGUCGUUCAUAUCUCGCGCCAAUGCAAAGCAGCGUCGUGGACGAGCUGGACGUGUUCAAAAGGGAAUAUGUUUCCAUCUCUUCACAAAAUACCGAUAUGAUAAUAAGCUACCGGAGCAACAAACUCCCGAAAUGCUCAGGCUUUCGCUUCAGGACUUGGUUCUUCGUGUCAAGAUAUGCAAUUUGGGAGAGGUUGAAAACACUCUUCUCGAAGCAUUGGACCCACCAUCUUCGAAGAAUAUACGCAGGGCCAUUGAAUCUUUAAAAGAAGUCAAGGCACUUACGAGUGCUGAAGGCUUGACUGCCUUGGGAAAGCAACUUGCGAAGCUUCCAUUAGACGUAUGGCUGGGCAAACUGAUAAUCUACGGUGCCAUUUUCAAGUGUCUGGAUGCUUGUGUCAGCAUUGCGGCUAUCUUAUCAUCAAAGUCGCCAUUUGUGAACACACUUGGUUCGAAUUCCCAGCGAGAUGCCGCCCGCCUAUCGUUCAAAAGAGGUGACUCCGACCUAUUGACUAUUUACAAUGCUUAUCUCGCCUGGAAAAGGAUUCGGGAAACUCCUGGGGUAAAUGAAUAUUCAUUCUGCCGGAAGAACUUCCUUAGUCCUCAAACCUUGGUGAACAUUGAAGACGUCAAGACGCAGCUGCUUGUUAGUAUUGUUGAUGCGGGAGUGCUAAAGCUAGAGCCGGAGGAGCAGACUGCUCUUCGAAGGGCCCGAGUAACUGGCCGCAACCGACAAUUCUUCGUCAUCCCGGAACGGGUAAAUGUCAACAGCACAAACGAUGUGAUAGUCAACUCGGUUAUUGCAUGGAGCUUCUAUCCUAAACUUGUGAUACGCGAAGGAAAAGGAUGGCGCAAUGUGGCCAACAAUCAGAACAUAUCGCUUCAUCCGACAUCCGUUAACAAACAUGUGGAUUCGUCUGUACAAUGGUUGUCGUAUUACCAUAUCAUGCAGACUCGUAACAGAUUUUAUAACGCGCAUGAGACCAGCGCGGUGGAAACCUUUGCUGUCGCCUUACUAUGUGGUGAUCUCGAGUUCAAGAUGUAUUCUGGUGUCAUUUCAAUCGACAACAACCGCAUACGGUUUUCUGUCAGAGACUGGAAACAAAUGCUCGCAUUCAAGAGACUCAGCAUUCGAGUCCGCGAUAUCAUGACAGAGAUUGUGCGCAAUCCACAGAAAAUGCUCUCACAUCGACAACGGGAAUGGAUGGAGGUAUGGCAGCAGAUUUUCUCCGCCAAGGCCGCUAGAGCAAUUGAAAAGAAGUAG